UUAUAAGAGGAGAGCUGUUUUUGUGUUUGCAGUUUUUCUGUUGGAGUUUAGGGUUUAGUAAGAGGAGAGGUUCGACAAUUGAUUAUGUUUGCUUCUAGAGUUUCAAGAAUCGGAGUUUUGAUACUCAAACAACUCUCCGGAGGCAAAGCCACAGCCAUAAGCAGAGCAGGAUAUAAUACGAGCAGUUGUUACAACCAAUACUUGCAACCUCUGUUUGAUCAACAGUCUGAAACUAAGUUGUUGCGGGGAGCCAUAUUUCACAAGCAUCAUCUUUUUUCUACCGUUAGUGCCAGCGAUUCUUCAAAUGAAGGGAUUGAGCAGAAAGAAAAGAUAUCUGUGACAUUUGUUGAUAAGGAUGGAGAGGAAAUACAUAUUAAGGUUCCUACUGGAAUGUCUAUGCUAGAAGCUGCCCAUGAAAAUGAUAUAGAUCUUGAAGGAGCAUGUGAAGGUUCACUUGCCUGUUCAACAUGUCAUGUGAUUGUGAUGGAUAUGGACUAUUACAACAAAUUAGAAGACCCAACUGAUGAGGAAAAUGAUAUGUUGGACUUGGCCUUUGGGCUUACGGAAACUUCUCGCUUGGGUUGUCAAGUGAUUGCAAAACCUGAACUUGAUGGAAUUCGUUUAGCUAUUCCAGCUGCCACCCGAAACUUUGCUGUUGAUGGCUAUGUUCCUAAACCACACUAGAGAUGCUACAAUGCUUCUGGAAGAGUUGAUUGGAUGCUACGUUUAACAUCCCAGUUUUGUAACUCCUGUAUUUUAUUGGACCAAUGAGCACAACUUGAGUCCUAUUAUUUAUUUAUUUAUUACUAAUACUGAUUAUGGGUUUGGAGCCUAUUCUCGAACUCUCUCUGACAUAAUAUUUACAGUUUGAUCUCCAUAGUCUAGGGUCAGUUAUUUUUA